GUUAGUCAGUAGCUAGUGUCUGUACGACAACGUGCAGCCUGGCAUCAUCUUACGCCAGGCUACACGGUAGGAGCUUCCCGCGCUAGCUAGGGGAGAGACGCGCUGUACACCCUCUUCUGUAUUUGGGGAAAUAUACCGGACUUCUGUUACUCGUGUGUUUCCCUCGCACCUCUAUCACUCCCAAAGAACCUUCUACAGUGGCUAGACCACAAGAACAAACAUGGCGCAGUGAGUAUCGAGUGAUAUGUGCUGUCGAGUGUCUUGGUGAAGCCGGUAGCGUCUGUGUACCCCAGCCCGCCACUUGGAUCUACACUCCAGGACCUCUACAGUCUACCCAGCGACUACAGUGGACCUACAGUGACUUGUGGAGUGCAGUGCAGUGGUACUAGUGCCGUGGACAGUGCAGUGCAGUGAUAUUUGUGCGUAGUGUUGCCUCGCUCUUAUGGUACCUAUGCUUAAGGGUGAGACUCGCACGCACUCGCCACGCUAGAGCGGCGAGCGUCACGUAUUCCCCUCGUCACUGCUCGGGGACCACUGCCGCGCUCCUUGGCAUGCCGCAGGGCUGCUGCCUUGCGCUGCCGGGCGUACGGAUCUCCCCUCACCGCCACACCACCCAUUUGCAUCUGCACGUAUUUCCUUCCACAGUGAUUGUUUCGUUGCUUACAGACUCCGAGGAGUGGAUCCGGUCUACAGGCACGAUUCAUGUCACCGCGUGGAAAGAGACAUGGGAAGACAGUCUCAUCAACACCAGAAAAGUCUGAGACAACCAUGGCUGCACCACCACCGUCAGACUUACUCACCCUUCUACAGUACAUGGAAGAGAGGGACGAAAAACGCCGGCAGGAGGACGAGAAACGACGGCAGGAGGAACAGGAACUGCGCAAACAGGAGGCAGCUAUCAGACAGGACGAGUUUGCUGCCCUUCUCUCAGCAUUCAGUAAGGGUAUGAGCUCUGCAGUGUCUACAGCUGGGGCGGGCGCGGUGUCAUCCAGCCCCCACCCUCCCGCCCUCCUCGCCCCGUCUUCCCCCGCCACCCAGGCCGCCACACUCACACGCCAAAGCUGUCAUCUCACCGCCUCCUCCUCUACAGCCUGACGUGCCUUACCAGGUUUUUCGAGAAUGGAGCAGACGAUGGCGCGACUACGCAGUGAUGACGGACCUGACUACUUUGCCUCUCAGUAAACGUCACAUUCAACUGAGAGCCUGCCUGAGCCCAGAGGUACUACACACCCUUCACUAUCGCCUUCAGAUUCCUCAAGACGACUCAACACCGAUAGAAGACCUGCUGACCACGCUUGAUAGUUACUUCAAGGCUCAGACCAAUGAAGCCUUACGGCGACGAGAACUGUUCAGCUGCCGUCAGAGUGUUGGAGAGCAGUUUAAUGAGUUCUUUGUGAGAGUCAAGAAUCUAGUAGAGGCUGUGGAUGUGUGUAAAGGGGGCAACACGGACUGCGAAGAAAUGCAGAUGAAACAAGUGAUACUCAUGGGAGUGAUUGACCAGGAGUUAGUGCAGGAACUCAUUGGCAUCAUCCCUACACACUCACUUGAUAAAGUUGUGCAACACUGCUACGCAUUUGAGGCCGCCAGACGCACAGCCAACGCCAUCACUUCUCCUGCACAAGCCCUCUGUGCUGUGUCAAGGUACAAGAAGGACAAGAAGGCAAGGCAGCACGCCUCUGCACCGACUCAACCUCUCUCAGACGCAUGUGACAGCUGCGGACGCCCACAUGCUAAAGGAGAAUGCUCAGCAGCACUAGUUAUCUGUAGCAACUGUGGUAUAAAGGGCCAUCGAGUACGGAUGCCACGGUGCCCUGCCAUCAACGCUACAUGCAAAUGCUGUGGAAAACAAGGUCAUUUUGACAGGUGUUGUCGCUCAUCCAAACCUGCAGCAUCCUCCUCGGCCCUCGCCAAGUGUAACAAGUCACCAGGACCGUACCCGAGGAACAAGAACAAGUACCCCAGUGUUCGCCAUAUUAUGGACAACACACACACCCCAUCUGAGACUUCUCCGUUUGUAGUCGUCGAGAUUAGUCAUGUCAAGGGGACAGGUGUACUUACCUUGUUGCCGGACACGGGUGCUGACACAACCAUCAUUGGAGCAGACCACCUUAACGACAUUGGCCUGACACUUGCUGACCUCCACUCAUCUCCACAGAGGCCAACGUACAGCGCUGAUGGAUCACCCAUGCAGCCUGUCAUCGGUUCUGUACAGGUGAAGAUGACGGUCAAAGGACACAGCAUUGAGGAGUGGAUUCAUGUGUAUCCAGACAUACCUGUCCCUUUGCUGUCUUACAGGGCAUGCAGGGACCUAGCCCUCAUCCCUGAGCGGUUCCCUGCCCCUAUUGCACAGGUGACACACGCCGCUGUGAGAAAUGAAGACGACAUGUUAGUUGACGUCUCAGCUCAUGCAGCAGUCACCGUACGAGCGAUAUAUUCCCUCGCCUCAUCUGACGACUCGCAGCCAGCCACAUCAGACGUCCAACUCGAAGAACUCCAGCAGGCAGCACGCACCGAUGAGACCUACAUCAGGCUCCUGAACUGCGUACGCAAUGGGUUCCCCUGUCAUCGCUACGACCUACACUCCACUCUACUCGACUACUGGAAGAUCCGUGAUGAGCUGUACUGUGAUGGCGAUCUAGUCCUAUACGGUCCGCGCAUCGUAGUACCUGCAGCGUCCCGCAAGUCUGUGUUGCGACGCCUGCAUGAUAGCCAUCGCGGAGCUGAAGCCACCAAGCGCCGAGCUCAGCAAACAGUGUUUUGGCCCGGGAUCAAUUCAGACAUCACCAAUGUUGUCCGUGCCUGUGACGCCUGCCAGAUGCUCCUUCCCAGUCAACAGCGUGAAGUAUACAGGAAUGAUGACAAGCCGACGCGACCUUACGAGUCCAUCUCGGCUGACUAUUUUCAAGUCGCAGGGAAAUCUUUCCUUGUCAUAGUUGACCGACUGUCUGGCUGGCCUGAUGUCUACCCAUGUGGCAGCAACACUACUACUGCCGCCACGAUAGAUCACUUCAGCAAGUACUUCAGCGACCACGGUGCCCCAGUCCGCCUACGCACCGACGGAGGUCCACAGUUUGCUGCCAAGGCGUUCUCGGACUUCCUACUACGCUGGAAGGUCCAACACAUCCUCACUUCACCGCAUCAUCCCCAGUCCAAUGGUCAUGCAGAAGCCGCUGUUAAGUCGUUGAAGCACCUUAUCCUCAAGGUGGCGCCUUCAGGCAACAUCAGGACCGAAGUCUUCGACCGCGGACUGUUAGAGAUGAGGAACACCCUAACCACUCUGGACGUUCUCCGGCACAGAUUCUUUUGGCCACUCUCUUCGCACUUGUGUCCCUGCCCACCCGAAUUCCUUUCGGCCAGAAUGGCAGCCAAACGCUGA